AAUACACCAUAUAAAUCCAAGAAAAUGAAGUAAAACAAGAGAGUAAAAACAUUAAGAAAAAUUUCCAAACAGAAUUAAGUCAAUAAAACAAACUGAAAACAAUCAAUACCAAAAGGUAGAUGGUAAACAUAAAGAACAAUGAGGGGACAUAACCAAAGUCAGCUUACCAUCACAUACAGAAAUGACAAAGUGGCUAGAAUAUUGACAAAAAAGAGAUAAAUUCAGAAUCGUUCAUAUCAAUACCAACAAAUGCAACACGCUGAAUGAAGAAUCAAGCGCAUACACACAGAGCCAAUUCCAUUUGUGGUUGUGUGUGUGUGUGUGUGUAUAUAUAGUCAUGCAUUGAAGCUUAGGAGCUACAACCAAUUGAAAAGAAAGUAAAUCCAAGAUUACAGAAGCAAAAUGAGCAGUGGGCACAUCUUGGCCAUACCUUAUCCAGCACAAGGCCAUGUGAUCCCCUUAUUGGAAGUCUCUUUGUGCUUAGCCAAACAUGGGUUCGAAGUCACGUUUGUGAACACAGAGUACAAUCACAAACGUGUAGUGAGUGCUCUAGCAGAAACGAAUCAUACAGGGGAUGGUCAUAUUCACCUAGUUUCACUCCCUGAUGGCAUGAAACCUGGGGAGGAUAGAAAUGACCUUGGUAAAUUAACUGAAACAAUGUUGCAAGUCAUGCCCAUGAAGCUAGAAGAGUUGAUAAACACUAUCAAUGGAUUGGGUGGCAAUGAAAUUACCAGUGUUAUUGCUGAUGAGAAUCUUGGCUGGGCUCUAGAAGUUGCUGAGAAGAUGAGAAUCCGACGAGUCGCCUUCUGGCCAGCAGCUGCUGCAUUGUUGGCUAUGCUAUUUAGCAUCCCAAAGCUGAUUGAAGAAAAACUAAUUGAUUCUGAAGGAACCAUACUAAAAAGCGAGGAGAUCAAAUUAGCAGCAUCAGUACCCACAACCAGAACGGAAAGAUUGGUUUGGGCAUGCAUUGGCGACAAAGAGACGGAGAAAAUUCUAUUUCAAGUUUGCUUAAGAAAUAACAAAGCAGUAGAAGUGGCAGAUUGGGUUAUCUGCAAUACAGCAUAUGAGCUUGAGGCAGAAAUCUUCAGCUUAGCUCCUCGCAUUCUCCCAAUCGGCCCACUUUUAGCAAGCAAUCGACUCGAAAAUUCCAUUGGACACUUCUGGCCAGAAGACUUAACUUGCCUGAAAUGGCUUGCCCAACAAUCUCCAUGCUCAGUCAUUUACGUUGCAUUUGGAAGCUUCACUGUUCUAGACAAAACUCAAUUCCAGGAAUUAGCCCUAGGGCUCGAGCUUACAGGCAGACCAUUUCUCUGGGUGGUGAGGCCAGACAUUACUGAAGAAAACCCUAACAAUGUCUUCCCGUUAGGGUUUCAAGAGAGGAUAGAAUCCCGGGGGAAGAUUGUGGGUUGGGCUCCUCAACAGAGGGUUCUUAGUCAUCCCUCGAUCGCUUGCUUUGUGAGCCACUGCGGGUGGAAUUCGACCCUUGAAAGCCUCAGCAAUGGCAUCCGAUUUCUGUGUUGGCCAUACUUCGCGGACCAGUUUCUUAAUGAGAGCUACAUUUGUGACAUAUGGAAGGUGGGGUUGAAAUUGAAGAAAGACGAACAUGGAAUCAUUACAAGAACAGAGAUUAAAGAAAAGAUGGAGAAACUCCUCACAGAUGAGGAUUUGAAACAGAGAAUUCAAAAAUUGAAGAAAACAGUUGUGGAAAAUGUGGAAGAAGGCGGUCGAUCUUAUAAUAACUUCAACAAUUUCAUAAACUGGUUGAAGACAUAACAUAUUUAAUCUAAACUCAAUAAAGGAAGGGAAAUUUGUACUGAUGGCCCACUCAGAAAGUUAGCGAUGCCCUUUGCUGAUAUCAUCUCAUCAUUUUAACUCUUCUUCCUUCUUCCUCCAUCCUCCAUCCUCCAUCCUCCUCUCUUUUGCAGCACUUUUCUUUUUUUCUUUUUUUUUCUUUUUCUUUUUUCUUUUUUUUCUGUUUUUCUUCUUCUUCUUUUAUUUCCUUUUUCCGUUUCCGACGAUUUCUUUCGUUUAUACUGCCUCUUGGGCAAUUUCCCUUUUUUCUUCUCUCAUGAUUUCUGUUUAUGUCGCCCUCUUUUUUUUUUUCAUUUUUCUCUCUAUUCUUCGUUUUGCAGUUUUUUCCCGAAGAAAAAAGUUACAGGUGUGUCUGAUGAAGAAUAAGACAAAAGAAAGAUGAACGGGGAGCAGGAGUUUAGAACUAUUAUAUAUUUGUUGCUAAAGAUAUAAUUCUCUCCAUAUUAAUAUCAUCUCUAUCAAGUUUGUAGAGUAAA